CUUUGUAAUGAGCGCAUCCCCUUCGAUUAUGACAUUAUGGCCGCUAGAGGCGACACCGUCGAUGCUAGCCGGUACCGGUGGACUCUAUCGCUAUCUUAUCUUCUUCCAUCAACACCGCUUAGUUUGGAAGAUAAACUGUCAAAUAUAAGUAGAAUCGAUGAAAGCAAUUAUUUCUACGAUUCUUCAUCUUAAUAAAAUGGACGACAGCGAGAAGAGAAUCGAGUGGACACCUUUAGAACAUACCUACCGAAAUUUAUUUAUGUGCGUAAACACCUUUGUGCAUCGAUCGAGGGGGGAGUGCCGGACCCCUCGAGUGGGGCUACCAGGCGUCUAUGAGGCCCUGCCGGCCUUAGAUAGAAGGCGCCAGGUAGGUGAGGCCGCAAGGCUAGGAGAGAGGAGAACCCGAGAGGUGGUGCACUGCCCGCCGCUCAGCAGCCACGUUGCUAGUCACAACCAAUGAGGAGAUUGGCCCGUGUACUAUGGGCGGAGUUACAGCACUCGUCAUCCAUAUUCAUCGGCGUUGGGCUUUUGGUACACUUGCCACUUUAAGUAGUUGCUGUACGGCCGCACAGCAGCCACAGUCCCUUUCUUUCUUAGUCAGGUAUAUACCUUAUACCGUCACCACGUUGAAUUUCACAGAAUUCACGGCCCCGUAUCCCACUAUGGCGGGCAAUGCGGAUGGCCUUGAUCAGGACGUCAGCAACAAAUCGGCAUUUAUGGAGAUCCAGCAACAAGGAUUGUCUACCAUGUCUCACCAUGCCCAGGCAUAUCCCAUUCGGUCGACUUAUCCAACUCAACAGACUCAACAUGAAGCUGCCUUUGCUACAUCGCAGCACCCUAGGCCUCUAGGUGCCUACCCGUUUCCUAUGAACAAUAAUCCCUUGAACAGUUCAUUGCACAAUAGUUAUACGCAUCCGAGCCACCCUUGGACAUAUCCAGCCAAUGUGCCAGGAUGUCCUCCCUGUCCAUCGCCGCCUAGAGAUGACAAAACACAACUUGAAGAAACGCUUCGGGUUAACGGUAAAGGGAAAAAGAUGCGUAAACCACGUACUAUCUACUCAAGUCUUCAACUUCAACAGUUAAACAGGAGAUUUCAACGGACCCAAUACCUAGCCCUGCCAGAAAGAGCCGAAUUGGCAGCAUCCUUAGGACUAACACAAACUCAGGUAAAGAUAUGGUUCCAAAAUCGUAGAUCCAAGUACAAGAAAAUGCUGAAGGCGCAACAACAGCAACAACAACAACCACCUCAGCAGCAAAAUCAGACGCCAACAACCAAUCCAAAUAUGGUGCCACCAAAUCCGGCUUCGACACCACCAGAAUCGCACGAUAGUCGUACACCACCAUCAGUGUUACCCCAAUCUGGACUUCUUGCACCGUCCAAUCCUCCACAAGUGAACAGUAUGUCUACAGCUGUUAGUCCGCCUGCCAUGAGCCCUCCUAUAAGUUCUUGGGACAUGAAUCCUGCCAAGGCAGCAAUGAAUGUAUCUAACACGUAUAUGCCCCAGUAUUCUUGGUACCAUCAUCAACCGGAUCCAUCUAUGAAUCAACAGAUCCUCACUUAAUUAAAAAAAGAGAAUUAUGUAUUGAAUUUCGGAUCUCCUUCUUUCAGUCAGCCUGAGAGCGUGAAAGGCUGCUCUGAAUCGAAAAUGUAUUGUACAGCGGUUUCCGGGAUUGGUCCAGUCAACUUUGAGCCCCACAGUGAGUAUGAAGACGGGCCCGAGUCCUCCCUACAGUUCCAUAAAGAGAAGGCUCAAAUGUGAUCUUCUCCAAAGACUUGACGACCUUUGUGAAAUGUUUUUGACGUGUUUCUAUCCUUAUAGGACCGACGGCGUAUGGGCUCGGUGCUAUCCCGAUUCGCCGUUUUUUUAAGUUAAAAAAAAAAAACCAAUGUCGUCCUGGGCCUGUGGGGUCCUUAAAAUCCGAGGGGCCCUGUGUAUA